AUAAUUCCCAGCACUAUGUCCCUGCCUGUACUGGAGAAAAAGGGAGACAUAAUGUUGGGGGGACUCUUCUCCCUUCAUGACACAGUAGUGGAGCCCAGUCUAUCUUUCACAUCCUCACCUCCACCCACACAAUGCUCCAGAUUAAAUUUCCGCACUUUCCGUUGGAUGCAAACAAUGAUUUUUGCCAUUGAAGAAGUCAAUAGAGAUGGUAAACUCCUUCCAAACAUCACACUCGGUUAUAAGAUGUAUGACUCAUGCAGUACCCCGCAUCAGGCUUUGAAGGCUGCCAUGGAGUUAAUGGGAAGUGAAAAGGGUUUACCAGUUGAAGGAAAGAACCUGACUAAAGACGCCUGCCAUGGGACUGUACCAGUGGUGAUUGGAGACGGUGGCUCCUCUCAGUCUCUCGUUGUGGCUCAUUUCCUUGGAGUCUUCUAUGUGCCACAAGUUAGCUAUUUCUCCAGCUGUGCCUGCCUCAGUGACAAAAAAAAGUUUCCUGCCUUUUUGAGGACCAUGCCCAGUGACUUAUUCCAGGUAGAUGCACUAGUGCAACUUGUCAAGCAUUUUGGCUGGACUUGGGUGGGUGUGAUUGCAGGUGAUGAUGCCUAUGGCCGUGGGGGGGGCAAUAUCUUUGCAGAUGAGGUCAGAAAGUUAGGCGCUUGUGUCGCCAUUCAUGAGAUCAUUCCUAAGAAUCGAGCUCAGGCUGGCAUUUCAUCUAUUAUUUCCAACAUCCAGUCAUCUGGGGCUCAGGUGAUUUUAGUGUUUGCUGUGGAACAAGAUGCAGCAGCAUUGUUUGAUGAAGCACUUAGAGGUGGGCUCACUGGGAUACAGUGGCUGGCCAGUGAAGCUUGGAGCACAGCUGCUGUCCUCUCCACCCCCAGAAAGUACCACCAAAUCCUCCAGGGUACAAUGGGAUUUGCCAUUCAGCGAGCACACAUCCCUGGACUGAGAGACUUUCUACUUCAGUUGAAUCCCACAAGCCCAGAUGCCCAUGAUGACCCCUUCCUGAUACCUUUUUGGGAAGAAGUGUUUCAGUGCAGUCUGAGUGUGCAGGCUAAAGGUCUUAAUUAUGAAGCUAUGGGUAAACCUUUGUGCUCUGGAAAAGAAGAUCUCAGAAACAUUACAAAUAUCUAUUCAGAUGUGUCACAGCUAAGGAUUUCCUACAACGUCUAUAAAGCUGUAUAUGCUGUUGCCCAUGCACUGAAGGCCAUGAGAAGCUGUGUGAAAGGACAAGGACCAUUUCCUCAGCAGGCCUGUCCAGAUGCAAAAAACAUUCAGCCAUGGCAGCUACUUCAAUACACGAAACAAGUGCAAUACUUAACCUCUUUUGCUGAUGAAGUCAAGUUUGAUGAGAAUGGCGACCCUGCAGCCAUAUAUGACCUGGUUAACUGGCAGCUGACACCAAAUGGAGAAAUGGAAUUUGUCACUGUUGGCAAAUUUGAUGAGACAGCCACAACUGUAAACCAAAACCUUCAGAUCCAGGAACAAAAGAUUCUGUGGAAUGGAAACCAAGCCAAAGUUCCCUUGUCAGUAUGCAGCAACAUUUGUCCCCCAGGCACACGCAAGGCAAUCAGACCAAACUUCCCUAUAUGCUGCCAUGAUUGUGUGGCUUGCACAGCUGGGGAGAUUAGCAAUCAGACUGAUGCCAUAGAAUGUGUGCAAUGUCUACCAGAGUACUGGUCCACUGCUGAAAGGACUACCUGUAUCCCCAAACAAAUAGAGUUCCUCUCUUUUAGAGAUGCAAUGGGCAUUGCCCUGAUGGCUAUUGCUAUCAUUGGCUCCAUCAGCACCUGCAUUGUGGUCUUUAUAUUCUUCUGUCAUAGAAACACCCCUAUUGUCAGAGCCAACAACUCUGAGCUGAGCUUCCUGUUGCUCUUCUCUUUGACACUGUGCUUCUUGUGUUCUUUGACCUUCAUUGGCCAGCCUUCUAAGUGGUCCUGCAUGCUGCGUCACACAGCAUUUGGUAUCAGCUUUGUCCUUUCUAUCUCUUGUAUCCUGGGGAAAACAAUAGUUGUCCUAAUAGCCUUCAAGGCUACACUUCCAGGCAGUAAAAUUAUUAAAUGGUUUGGGCCUGCACAACAAAGAACAAUCAUUGCCUUUUGCACACUAGUUCAGGUAAUCAUCUGCACAGUGUGGCUGGUUGUUGCACCCCCAACUCCACACCAACUGAUGCCACGUGAAAGUGCUAUUAUUAUUUUGUUGUGUGAUGAAGGUUCACAAAUUGCAUUUGCUUUGGUCCUGGGCUACAUUGGCUUUUUGGCAUGCCUCUGUCUUCUUUUGGCCUUCCUGGCGAGGAAACUUCCAGACAACUUCAACGAGGCCAGACUCAUCACUUUUAGUAUGCUCAUUUUUUGUGCUGUAUGGGUAGCAUUUAUUCCUGCAUACAUUAGCUCUCCGGGAAAAUAUGCCACUGUCACAGAAGUGUUUGCUAUGGUGGCCUCCACUUAUGGACUGUUGGGCUGCAUCUUUGCACCAAAGUGUUACAUAAUCCUACUCAGGCCAGAAAAGAACACAAGAAAGCAAUUGAUGUCGAAACCUUCUUCUGGGAAAUUUUAA